UUAUCUAUAAGUAUUAGUAUUGGAAGUACAAGCUUAAUUUGAAAAAUAAAAAAUUUGAUUUAAUGACAACUCUGCUGCACUGAGCAAUAAAUUUGCAAUAACAAAGAAGCGAAAAACAAUAGAAGCACAAACAGAUUAAAAUGCAACAACAGCGGUUAUUUAUUAUUCGAAAGUUGUUCUUACAACAUUCAGUGGCACUGCAAUUACCAAGAUGCCCCAAGAUAACAACAGUUCCCGCCCAGCAGUCGCAAAUGCGAAACUUGGCAUUUCACCGUUAUCUUACACAAGGAACAACAACAACAAGGGAUAAUGGCCAAAAGGCAAACAAGUCACAGCAAAAGAUCACAUUGAUCGCACAGAACCAGGCCAUGAGUGUCACCACAUUGGACGAAGCACAGAAGCUCGCCAAGCGGCGGGACUUGCACCUGCUGCGUUUAAACCAGACCGAUGCUAAAACUGGACGUGUCGUAUUCAGAUUGGUAACUGCUGCCGAAAUGCUAGCGGAUGAUCAGGAUGAUAGAGGUGCAGCAAAGUCAGCCUCGGAAAAGGGCAGCAAGAAGACGGAGAAAUCAUUAACCAUUGGAGCCCGCAUAACAGAUCACGAUCUCGCGUCUAGACUGAAGAACAUCGCCAAAUGGUUAAAUAAACGACACGAGGUGCGCAUUCUGAUCCAGGGCAGCUCUAGCGGUGCCGACGAGGGAAACGCCGAGCGCAUUGUCAAGACCAUCGAGUCGACCAUCAAGGAACCCCAAGUUAUUGGGAAAAUUGUUCAAAAACGCCACAAGGGAGCUCUCAUCAAGUUUAGCAUAUUACCUGUGGCAACAACAACGACUCCGACUCCUCCAACUGUAAAUCAAUCGUGACAACCAAGAUUACCUCGGAUUCAUAGCAUGAUGAUAGCAUUACAUGUACAUAAUUACUCAACCAUGCAGUCAGAAAAGGAUGCCUCCUCUGAUCCCAAAAGAUCUAUGGUAGUUGCCACUGCAUCAAUUCUAUUUCUAUUUACUUUGAAAUAUGUAUUUUGGUAUCGAGUCUUUACCCAGGAGAAUUAUCCACCAGAGCCAGAUGAGAAUCGUUUCAGGGACUUUGAAACGUCUUCCCGUUGAAUCUUCGGAAAGCGAUUCAGCUCUUCAUUUCUUUCUCCAAGUUUAUAACUCUCUUAAACUUGCUCUAUUUAAAUUCAAUAUCCUCAACAAUCACGUUUGAUAUAGUUUAUAUAUGUUUAUUUAGUUGAUUUUUCAUGAUUUGUUUAUAUGUUUAAAUUAUUUGAAAAUACAAUCUUGAAAAUAUACUCGUUUCUAAUAAAUAAUUGGAAUAAAAGGAAUUGUAAGUACAUA